AUGGCUCUCUACGUUCACCAUUUCCUGCUGGCCCUGCUUCUUCUGGGAGCUCACGUGUUGGUCAGCAUUCACGCUCAAGAGGCGGGAGUGUCUGAGGCAUGGACCAGCAGGUCUUGCAAAUGUGAUUGUGAAGGAGGUGAAUCCCCGACUGAGUUUACCUCCAUUGGGACCGGCUCUUCCAUGGUGCAAGGAGUGGACUGCAUGCCAGAGUGUCCGUACCACAAGCCUCUGGGCUUCGAGGCCGGAUCAGUGAAUCCAGACCAGAUCACCUGCUCCAACCAGGAACAGUACACCGGCUGGUUCUCCUCGUGGCUCCCAAGCAAGGCCCGGCUCAACACUCAGGGCUUCGGCUGUGCCUGGCUGUCUAAAUUCCAGGACAGCAACCAGUGGUUGCAGGUCGACCUGAGGGAGGUGAUGGUGGUGUCAGGGAUCCUCACCCAGGGCCGCUGUGACGCUGAGGAGUGGAUCUCUAAGUACAGCGUUCAGUACCGCACGGACGAGAAACUCAACUGGAUCUAUUACAAAGACAAUACUGGAAACAACAGGGUGUUUUACGGAAAUUCUGACCGCUCCUCGUCCGUGCAGAACCUGCUGCGGCCGCCCAUCGUGGCGCGCUUCAUCCGCAUCCUCCCCCUCGGAUGGCACACACGCAUCGCUCUGCGCAUGGAGCUGUUGCUCUGCAUGAACAAAUGCAUCUGAAACCCUACUCACUCAAAGGCUUUCCCCCCAAAAAUCUUCAUCUAUAUCUAAAUCGCCCCAUCGUCCGAUUGUGUGGUCUGUUAUUAUAUCCACAGAUUUUUUUUCCCCCUAUGGCUACAUGUA